GUAACGGACAGGUGGAGCGUAUAAACCGAAUUAUUAUACCGAUAUUAACAAAACUUUCGAUAGAAGCCCCGGAAAAAUGGUACAAACACGUCAGAAAAGUACAACAAGCGAUAAACAGUACAUAUCAACGCAGCGUAGGCAUGACUCCAUUUGAAGUACUGAUCGGUACGAGGAUGCGGCAUACACAAGAUUUAGAAGUUCAGAGACUGAUCCAGCAAGAAGCAAUAGAAUUGUAUAACGAAGAACGAGACCAAUUAAGACAAUUAGCAAAACAAAAUAUCAUAAAGAUUCAAGAGGAAAACGUGCGAAAUCACAAUAAAACAUGUACGAAAGCCAGAGAGUAUAAAGAAGGGGAUCUUGUAGUGAUCAAGCGCACUCAGUUUGGACCGGGCUUGAAAAUUAAAAAGAAAUUUCUAGGACCGUAUCGGGUAUCGCGCGUAAAACGAAAUAAUAGAUACGAAGUUAUUCGAAUAGGGGACGAUGAAGGACCAAAAAUAACUAGUACCGCCUCAGAUUAUAUGAAACCGUAUUUAGAUUUAUCAUCGGGGACCGAAGAUAGGUCAGGAACGGCCGAGUGUGGGAUUCGGUAAAGGGGAAUUAAUUUUUGCGUGGUAUGAGUGUGUGUGAUGUACGAGUGUGAAACAAAAGAGUGUGAAUGCGUAGUAUAAAAAAACGCGACAGCGUCGAAAGGACAGUCUAGUCUUGGCCGAACCGUAGAAACGUGAACUAUCAAUUUUUGUAUUCCUUUCAAUUUAUUAAAAUAUUUACUAUAACUUUAAUCCGUUUCUCAUCUUCUUGCUCCCAUCCUACAUUUAUUAUGUGGAAAACAAUAAAAAAUAAAGUAUUUAAUUUUACAUAUUUGUAAAUUAGAAUAUGUGCUUUAACUCAUUACGGAUCAGAAAAUUCGAUAAUCACAUUGCAACGGCCACGCGGUCCUGACAUGGACGCCAAGAAUAGAAGAACACAGACAAAAGAUAGUCAAGAAAAACAAAAGAAAAACGGUAGAGGGCAGCACACAAAACCUGCUUGCAUUCCCAUCUCUUACAAAAAUGAAGAAUAUUAUUCAUUUAAUACAUGAAUUUAUAAUUUAAAAAAAUCAUGUCUCUGCAUGUAAAUAAAAAUAUGCAAAUAUGCAUAACAAAGUGCAAAUGCAAAAUCAUACAAGUUAUAUAAUGGCUGAAGAUUGCGAUAAGUCAUCGAGAAAUAAUGAGUAUCCAUUCUUCAACACGAAACUUAAUUUAGUUUUAAUUAACGAUCAAACAAGUUUUGGAACUUUUUAAUAGGGUCUAUUUAAGACAUUCACCUUUUAGGAGCUUUUUUAAAAAUCGU